AUGCCGCGAGAGGCGUAUCCAGUUCGAACUUUGAACGAACCAGGCUGGGCUAUGCGAGUGGAUUGGAUGUUUUUGGGUGGAAUACCCUUCAACGUUCACGGCUACAAGGCGAUACUAGAUACUGGAUCUGUUGCUACUUACGUACCUCCGGAUAUUCUGGAUGUUAUUAACUCCGUCCUGAAGGUUACCCAACUUGACGGAGUGUUCAGUGCUGUCGACUGCAGCAAGGUUGGAAAACUACCUGCAUUUGACUUCCAAGGCUCGAAUGUAAAGCUGAGUAUUUUCUCCUCACAGUAUAUUCUGCAA